AGCCGCGAGGUGCGCGAGCGCUGGCCGGUGUGUGCGUGGGCGCCACGCUCGGCCCCUCGGAGCCGCCGAGACCCAGCGCGUACGCAGCUCAGGCCCGCGGGCUCGCGCGCCCGGAGAGGCGAUGACCGCCGAGGAGAUGAAGGCGGCCGAGAGCGGGGCGCAGUCGGCGCCGCUGCCCCUGGAGGGGGUGGACAUCAGCCCCAAACAGGACGAGGGCGUGCUGAAGGUCAUCAAGAGAGAGGGUACAGGCACAGAGACACCCAUGAUUGGGGACCGAGUCUUUGUCCACUACACUGGCUGGCUAUUAGAUGGCACAAAGUUUGACUCCAGUCUGGACCGCAAGGAUAAAUUCUCCUUUGACCUGGGAAAAGGGGAGGUCAUCAAGGCUUGGGAUAUUGCUGUGGCAACCAUGAAGGUUGGGGAGCUGUGCCGCAUCACCUGCAAACCGGAGUAUGCCUAUGGGUCAGCUGGCAGUCCUCCAAAUAUCCCCCCCAAUGCCACCCUUGUGUUUGAGGUGGAGUUGUUUGAGUUUAAGGGAGAGGACCUGACUGAGGAUGAAGAUGGUGGAAUAAUCCGAAGAAUACGGACUCGGGGUGAAGGCUACUCCAGGCCCAAUGACGGCGCCAUUGUGGAGGUCGCACUGGAAGGGUACUACAAGGACCAGCUCUUUGACCAGCGGGAGCUCCGCUUUGAAGUUGGCAAUGGAGAGAGUCUGGACCUUCCCUGUGGGCUAGAGAAGGCCAUUCAGCGCAUGGAGAAAGGAGAACAUUCCAUUGUAUACCUCAAGCCCAGGUAUGGUUUUGGCAGUGCUGGAAAGGAGAAGUUCCAAAUCCCACCAAAUGCUCACCUGAGAUACGAGAUACAUCUCAAGAGUUUUGAGAAGGCUAAGGAGUCUUGGGAGAUGAAUUCCGAGGAAAAGCUGGAACAGAGCACCAUAGUGAAAGAGCAAGGCACUGUGUACUUCAAGGAAGGCAAGUACAAGCAGGCUUUACUGCAGUAUAAGAAGAUUAUAUCCUGGCUGGAAUACGAGUCAAGUUUUUCUGAUGAGGAAGUACAGAAGGCACAGGCCCUUCGACUGGCCUCCCACCUGAAUCUGGCCAUGUGUCAUCUGAAGCUGCAGGCCUUCUCAGCUGCCAUCGAAAGCUGUAACAAGGCCCUGGAGCUGGACAACAACAACGAGAAGGGCCUCUUCCGCCGAGGAGAGGCCCAUCUGGCUGUGAAUGACUUUGACCUAGCACGGGCAGACUUCCAGAAGGUCCUGCAGCUCUACCCCAGCAAUAAAGCAGCCAAGACGCAGCUGGCUGUGUGCCAGCAGCGGAUCCGCAAGCAGCUUGCACGGGAGAAGAAGCUCUAUGCGAACAUGUUUGAGAGACUGGCUGAGGAGGAGAACAAGGCCAAGGCAGAGGUAGCCACAGGAGACCAUCACACUGACACAGAAAUGAAGGACGAGCAGAAGAACACUGUUUCAGGAAGCCAGCCUCAGGUGGAGACAGAAGCAUAGCCUUCCCAGCCCUACUCCAUGCAGCUGCCUGCCUCCCCGCUCCCUUCCCUAUUCUACUGUUAAUUUUGUAAAAACUGAAGAAUUUUGAGUGAAUUAGACUUUAUUUUUCUAUCUGGUUGGAUGAUGGCUUUGGGGGGUGAUGUUGAAGUGGGGGACAGUUUGAGGUGAUAUCACCACCUGUUCCCCACUAUAUAUGAACAUAGGUCCAUCCACACGUAGUCAUGAGAAUGUUAAUUUAUUUUGCUCCCUCUAUUAAGUCAAUUUUUCAAAUGGUAGAAGGGGGCAAGUGAUAGGGAUGGGAUCUGAUGUGAGACCAGGGUGGAGAGGGAGUCCCAGGCAGCCAUUAUCCUCAUCAUUUCUCUAGUCCAUUUGCAAAUGUAUGGCCUCCCUGCGGUGCUAGGGGUGUGGGAAAAACCACUGCUGUGCCCAUUUCCUUCCUGUUCCCUUCCUCACCCCAGAUGGCGUGAGUGAUGUAUCUUCUGGUGUCUUGGUGGCCACCCCUUGUUCCCCACCACCACUUCCAGUAUUUCCUCUCCUGUCAGUUUUCCUUCUUGCCUAGGUUGUGACCCCGGCCCCCAGCCUCUUCUCUGCAUGUUGCCGAAGGUCCAGGUGUGCCUCAAGUCCCAUGCUUGAGCAAUAAAGUGGAAACGACAUAACCUA